UCCUUAUGGCGUACCUGAAUAACAUGAGCAAUUAAAACCCCACAGUGCCCGUUCGAGCUCACGUUAUUCGUACGGUCAGUUGGAACUCUCCCAACGUUGAAUUAAACAAUGGCUGACAAAGGGCAGGUUAACCUAACUGGGGUCAAACAAAGUAAAGGCGUGUGGCUGGUUAAGGUUCCCAAGUAUUUAUCCGAGCAAUGGGACAAGGCCCCUGAAAAGGGAGAAGUUGGAAAGAUUACCAUCGGAAAGAAGCUCGGCAAAACAGAGGUAUCUUUCAGCCUGAAUGAGGAGCUGACGGCCCGCAGCGGUGUGGGGGAGAACGAUGCAUCAACGCAGGUCCCACGAGAGCAUCCCUUCACUAUGCAUACAGCGGGUGGACAGACCAUGGCUGUCUUCAGCCAGGGCAAUGGAGAUGAAAUCCGUCUGGAGGGGAUGGUGGUGCACAGAGCUGAAUGCAGACCAGUCGUCAACGACGACUACAUGAGACUGAAGAAGCUGCAGCUUAAAGAGUCCACGAAACCUCAGCGUUUGUCGCAGCAGCUGGAGAGAGCCGUCACGACCAUCUUCAAGCCCGUGGCCGACCACGAUUUCAAUCUGGAGCACGACAAGAAGAAGAAGACCGACGGGAAGAUGGUGCGAGCGGAGAAGCAGGUCGUGUUGGACAUGCUCUUCUCUGCCUUUGAGAAGCACCAGUAUUACAACAUUAAGGACUUGGUGGACAUCACCAAACAACCUGUUACCCACCUGAAAGACAUCAUAAGGGACAUCGGCGUGUACAACAGCAAGGGGCCUCACAAGAGCACCUGGGAGCUGAAGCCGGAGUACCGACACUACCGGUCUGCUGAGGAAGAGGAGAUGCAGACAGCGUGAAUGAUUUACUGUCAUUUGGGGGGGGGUCGUCUGCUUUGCACAGCACUCAAUCAUAAACACGUUCACAAUUCCAUUUUGUAAGUAGUGUUCUUGCUUUAACAACUUACCUCCCACCUGAAAGUCCUCAAAUUGCAUUCGGUGAUUUAAGUUUAUGAUCCGGUUCCGUUGCAUCAACAGAGCCCGGUCCCCCACUGACUGACUUUCCACACUUUAUUUUUUUAACUAACCACUCGUGCACUGCAGUCACACCAACCGCCAAGUCAAAUGACUUUUAUGUCUGACAUAUUGGCAUUAAAAAUUUCCUGCAUCAUCUGGGUAUUUUGAAAGUGCUGAGAAGGUCAGCAGCUUAUUUGACGUCCAUGCAGACCAUGUCCUCAAUGAAGUGAUACAGCUGGUCCUGCAUAGCACAUUGCCAACCUAAAAGCAGCUGGUUUGACACACAUGAUGGCACGAUGUGGAUUCCAGUCGUGAUUAAGUCGGCACCCAGUUAGUAAUUUCUGAAUGUAUUUACAAGAGCUCAUUUUAAAAACAUUUUCCCAUUUGUCUUGUAUGCACACGUCAAUUAUAUUAACACUUAAAUACUCAAAUAGAAAAUAUAACAGCAGAAAUGUGGUGGUAUGGGACUUUAUUUUCAAAUUAAACCGGAAGAAUUUUCAUUGAAGAUGGAAUCUUAUUUAAUGCAACCGUAACUAGGUCGGAGGUCAACCUGUACGUAUUUUUGCUAAAAUAGUAUGCAGACAGAUGGAAAAAAAAUACAUCUUUCAGUCAGAAGUCCACUCAUUAUCCUGCCUUCUUUUCGAUGACAAUCAAAA